AUGGCUGAUUUGGCUGUAGAUUCUUAUAUAAUAUUCACAUGUCACUACUUUAAUGAAAAUUGGGAACUAUGUACUCAAGUAUUAGGGUUUGAAGAAAUGCGAGAAAGUCAUAGGGCAGAUAAUAUACAAGACAGUUUAAUUAAUAUUAUUGGAACAUGGAAUUUAACUGGUAAAGUCAUAGGGAUAAGUCACGAUAAUGCUGCAAAUAUAACUAAUGCUGCACGAAACUCACAAGAACGUGAUAUUUAUUCAAGUCCGUGUGCCGCCCAUACAUUGCAAUUAUCUAUUAAUAAAGGUCUUGAGAAUAGAAUGUGUAGUAAUUUAUUAAAAUUAGCCUCGGACAAAGUUGCCGCUUUUAGGCACUCUCCAAAACGAACAAAUGCUUUAGAAAACAAAAUCAGCGAAUUAGGACAAAAAAAUUGUGCUUUAUACAGAGAUGUCCAACUAAAUGGAAUUCUAGUAUGGAUAUGUUAA